AGGAAGAAGUUGUGAACGAAAAUAAAUAGUUUCAGUUAGGACCUACAAGUUGCUGAAGUUAAGGAUUCGCUCAGAUUUUCAGUCAUUGAUUAGGUUUUAAAAUAUAAUUGGAGCUUUACUAGAUUUAGGCCUAUUACUUAAUUGUAGUUAAUAUGGAUCAUACUAACAUAGUCACCCCAGAGAAAGUAAAAGAUUUAUUAUCGUCUUUUCUUGCCAAGUCAAAUAAUUCUGCUGAAAAAAAUAUAUCAACUGAUGGAGCUGGGAGUAAUUCAGAUAGUGGAAAAGAUAGUGAGGUCCCAAAAGCUAGCACAAGUUCUGUUGUCCUUAGAAGCCAUGCUAGUUUCUUAGAAAGACUUGAUAGUUUUUCAUCAUUAACCUGGUUUGCACGCCCUGUUGAUCUGAGCCCUUUAAUAUGUGCACGUUAUGGUUGGGAGAAUGUAGAUGCUGAUAUGUUACAGUGUGUUUGUUGUAAAGCUUUUCUCAGUGGUCAACUUCCAAGUAAAACAGAUUUUCAAGCUUAUGAAGUAAGCUGUAAUAAACUGAAAGAAAAUUUGUUAUCAGCCCAUGAUAAAUUUUGUGUACUUGCAGCAAACCCUUGUCCAGAACAUUUUUGUCAUGUACCGCUUGAUGACCCUGCAUAUUUGAUAACAGACUUUAAUAACAGAGUAACAGAACUGACCCAUAUGAAAGACAGACUACCUUCCAUUGAUAAUAAAAAUUUAAGCUCAUUGGGUUAUGAUGAGGGACAGGGAGGUGCAUAUUGUAAGCGGCAUCUCCUGCCAGAUGCUGAUGUGUCGCCACAGCUUGUUACUUUAGCUUUCACUGGAUGGACUUGCAGCCCUUCAAACAAAGAUGUUCUGAUGUGCUCAAUGUGCCGCAGGCAAAUAGGUCUAUGGAACUAUAUUUCCUCUGCUUCACGUAAUAGGUUAUCCACAGAAAGUGAUGAAGAUGAGUGUGAAGAGGGAGAACCAACAACCAAGAAGAAAAGAGUAUCAGUGGGGAUAAAACAGUCUUUAGAUCCUCUCAGUGAACACCACCACUGGUGUCCAUGGGUCCAGCAUAUACCUCUCUCAGUAUUGCCAUUAUCUUCUGCCUCAGCUGAGAAACAGAAUACCCAAGCUCAAGGCUUAAGGACAUUACCAGCAUGUCUAUUAGCUCUUAGAGUCAUUGCCCCUGGUUUAAUGGACAAUAAUACAGGAUUGGCCACAGCCAUGAAAACUAGUCCGAUGAUUGAAGGGCUGCGUUGUUUUAGGAGAGUUAUUAACACGUGGUCAUCACCGAAAGUAAAUUCAUCAUCUUCAUUCUCCUAGGUUCAUUUCCAUCAGACAAAUUACUAGAUUUGUUAAUCAUCACACCAAUUCUUAUUUUCAAGUAUUUGUAUUAUUUGGGUUUUAUAUUAAAAAAAAUGUAAGCUAUCUUCUGAAAUUAUGCUUUUAUAUUGUGAUUUCUGUUUUUAAUUGAAUCAUAAGAUGAAGCACACGGCCAUUUCUGUAAAAACUAGCAUAAUUUAGUUGGAGUCUGAAACAUUUCAAAGGUGGUUAAAUGGUAUCUCUGUGACAGCUUAUUUACCAUACUUUGUUUAAUUAAUCAUAGCAAUAACAGUAAUGUUAUGUAAUUAUUUCGGAUUAUUGAAGUGAUUGCAUGUUUAGAGCAAUCCCCACCUGCCUUUCUUGUUCCCCAAUGAAGUUAGGCACCAGUACUAUAUUGUACACAAUCUGUGUAUUUAUAUAUGAUACAAAUCAUAAAGGCUUCAAUAUACAGGUGUAACAGACUACUUUUUCUCCCUGGAAACAAAUUUAGUUUCUAACAGUAAAAAAAAAAUGUAUUUCAUGGUGGUUUUUUUUUUGGUUGAAAAUUAAAAAGGUGCAUUCAAAAUAACGUCAAAGCUUUUUCUUUAGUCAGUCAACCCUGGCUAUGGAUACUUAGCAGAUGUUCCCUGGAAAUAUCCAUGGAUGUUAAAAAAAAUGUUUUCACCUUAUUGACUUCAGCUGUGCUAAUGUAGCACUUCCUUUAUUCAUACACAUUAACUUAAGCCCUUCUCCUCAUCUUAGACAUAUAACCCAUGUUUUUAGAAAAAAAGUAGCAAGACAAGAUAGCCAUUUUUAGUUUAGGCACAAUGUAAUCAGCUGCAACACUUUGCGGUGAUGUAAAGCUACUUAAUUCACACAGAAAAACUUGAAACCAAAAAGUUAAAGCACUCAGUUUGUAUUUUUUAAAAUUAUGUCUGUUAAAUGUUACAAUGGCAUAUUUACAUGAAUGGUCAGCAUUGUUACCUUUCAACAUAAUUUAUGAUGUUAAUUUUUUUGUAUUAUAAUUAAAAACUGCACAAAGUUAUUGUUUAAGUAUUGAACCAUACAUUUUCAUGGAAAUGAAUAAGGUUAAAUGUAUGUGUUGUAGUAGUUCUUUUAAUAAAAUCUUCCAAUUGU